AUGACGGCCCCCAACGGCGUCGGCGCAGACGCAGGCGCAUCGCCGCCCCUCACCGUCCUCGUCUCCUCGCGCGCCGUCCUCACCCUGCCCGACAACUCGCUCGUCGUCUCGCCCGCCAGCAUCGCCAUCUCCCCCGCGACGGGCAAGAUCGUCUCCGUCGCGCCCGAGGUGCUCCCCGCGAGCAGCUUCCCCGCAGGCAGCGCCUACGUCGACCACUCGCCGCGGCUGCUGCUGCCGGGCCUCGUCGACGCCCACGUCCACCUCAACGAGCCGGGCCGCACCGAGUGGGAGGGCUUCUGGACGGGCACGCGCGCGGCGGCCAGCGGCGGCGUCACCACCGUCGUCGACAUGCCCCUCAACGCCAUCCCCCCGACCACCACCGUCGCAAACUUCAACGAGAAGCUGCGCGCCAGCAGGGGCCAGUGCUGGGUCGACGUGGGCUUCUACGGCGGCGUCAUUCCCGGCAAUGCGGAGGACCUGCGGCCGUUGGUCGACGCGGGCGUGCGCGGCUUCAAGGGCUUCCUGAUUGAGUCCGGGGUCGACGAGUUCCCGGCAGUGUCGUCCAAGGACGUGGCCCUCGCCAUGGAGGCGCUCAAGGACAGUGCCACGACGCUCAUGUUUCACGCCGAGAUGGUGCCCGCCGAGACCAACGGCACCACCAACGGCACCAACGGCACCAACGGCCACACCAAGCAGCCCGAGGACCAGACGGCGUAUCAGACGUUCCUCGACUCGCGGCCGCCCUCGUACGAGACGACCGCCGUCGAGGAGAUCCUGUCGCUGGCGCACAUCGCGCCCUCGCUGCCGCUGCACAUUGUGCACCUGUCGGCGACGCAGUGCAUCCCGCUGCUGCGGGCGGCGCGCGCGCGCGGCGUCAACAUCACGGCCGAGACGUGCUUCCACUACCUGGGGCUGUCGGCCGAGGAGAUUGCGCGCGGCGACACGCGCCACAAGUGCUGCCCGCCGAUCCGCGAGGGCCGCAACCGCGACGGCCUGUGGGAGGAGCUCGUCGCCGCCGACUCGUGCAUCCGCACCGUCGUGUCGGACCACUCGCCGUGUACGCCCGAGCUGAAGCUGCUGCCGGAACACCUCCGCGGGGACGACAAGAAGACGGCGGCAGCCUCCUCGCAACCGCAGCAGCAAAACGGCAACAAGGCCAACGGCAGCGGCGGCGACUUCAUGGCCGCGUGGGGCGGCAUCUCGUCCGUCGGCCUUGGCCUGCCGAUCCUGCACACGGCGUCGCGGCAGCGCAUCAAGGCGGGCGGCGCCGGGGCGGCGCCCUCGCUGACGGACAUUGUGCGGCUGUGCUGCCAGGCGACGGCGGAGCAGGUCGGGCUGGCGCACCGCAAGGGCGCGCUGGCGGCGGGCAUGGACGCCGACGUGUGCGUCUUCGACGACGCCGAGGCGUGGACCUUUACGCAGGGCGACAUGCGCUGGAAGAACCGCUGCUCGCCGUGGGAGGGGCGCGAGUUUGUCGGCCGCGUGCGCGAGACGUGGCUGCGCGGGCGCAAGGUGUUUGAGCUGGACGCGGGGCGGGGCGGGUUCGUGGUGGACGCGCCGUUUGGCGAGAGCAUCACGGAGAGGAGGACCAGGUGA